AUGGAGCAAUAUGAUGGCAACCUGUUUGAAAGAGAGAGACGAGCACAACCAAUAGCCAGCGCCAAUACCAAAGUAAGGAAGCCACCCACAAGGCUGCAGCAGCGAGCCCCACGAGCUCUUGAUCUUGAUCAACUCUCCGCCGCUAGCCCAACCAACCAACCUUUUCUGCUUGCUACUCAGACCUCUCCUCCUCUUACUACAAUUCCCCUUCUAUCACCACUCUCUCUGUCUCCUCCCUCAUUGCCAUCGGAGGCGGAAGAAUUUACGUUUCCUGUAAUAUGUGGCGAUAAUGACAAAGGGAGGGAAGCUGAUAUUGGUGAUGCAUACUCAGAGGCAAGAGUUUGGCAACAUCCAGCCGUAGCCAGUGGAUACAUUGAGCCGUCAUCUUUGUUUACUUUCUUCCAAUCUAAAUGCGUGCUCGUCGAUCACGCACAGGCACGGUCAUGA